CGUGCAGCAGAAAGGGAAAACCGUCUUUCCUCCUCUCCUGCCCCUCAUCCCGCGGCUCCUCGUCCUUCCCACUUCUCUCAAUCCCCCCCAUACUGUCACAUCACAGCUCUACACAAGCACCACGUGCGUGCUAGUACUGCAGCACGUGCUCUCAGCGUGCAGCAGGAUGAGGCAGCAGCGGCGGGGGGGGAGGAGAGGCAGGAGACUUGCGACCCCCAGCAGAAACGCUCCCUUGCUAGAAGGUCCCCUCCCUGUCGGAACUACCUCUGCGUCUGCCGCUGCUGCUGGUGGUGGUGCCGCUGUUGGUGCUGAUGAUGGUGGUGAUGAUGAUAGUGACGAUGGUGAUUAUAUUGAGGAUGAUUACGGUGCACCCAACGGGCUGUAUCACGCCAUGAUUGAUGAGGAUUCGGCUUCACUCCCCCGCACACUGCUCCCCCUCCUUGAAGCCUCCGCAGUUGCAGGGGGGAAUAGAGGGCAGCAGCAGAGGGACACCUGGCGCCCGUCUCACUCUCUCUUUCUUCACUUCCUGUAUUGGAACAUGCUCCCUCUCUUCUCGACUCCUUAUCCACCUUCCUUCCCCCCAACCCAACCCCCGCAGGUCAUCAGGGUCUUUCUCAGGCAGCUGGCGUCGUCUCACUCUCUCCAGCUCCUUUGGAGCCAGCUUUCCCCGCAACCCCUCUUCCCCCUCCCUCAAUGCGUGAUUGUGCUCGCUAUUUGCUUUCCCCGCAACCCCCCCGGUGCCUCUUCCUUUGUCGCCAUCUCACGUUGUUUGUUCCUGUACCCUCUUCUUCUCUCCCCUCUUCUCCUCCUCUGUACCCUCACGUUGUUCCUGUACUCACCACUCACGUUGUUCCUGUACCCUCUUCUUCUCUCCCCUCUUUCUCCUCUUCCCCUCGUCCCCUCCUCCCCUUACCACACCACUCACCAUCUCAGCUAUCACUGUGCUCAGUGUCCCAAGGUGACAUUUGAGUCGACUCAGGUGACAUUUGAGUCGACUCAGGUGACAUUUGAGUCGACUCAGGUGACAUUUGAGUCGACUCAGGUGACUUUUGAGUCGACUCAGGUGACUUUUGAGUCGACUCAAAACUAG